CAUUAGGGUUUCGAUUCAACAUCAACAAACGAGAGAGAAAACAUGUACGGAGGCGAGUUUGACGGCAACGCUGCUUUCGCCGGCGGCGGUUUCAUGCCUUCUCAGGCAACUACGCAAGCGCAUGACUCCUCAUCGUCCCUCAAGAACCGCGAUGUACGUACCUUGCUUCCCCUGACACUGAAGCAGUUGAGCAGCGCAUCAACUACUGGUGAAUCAAAUUUCUCUAUUGAUGGCGUUGAUAUUAACACUGUUGCCAUUGUUGGACGGAUUUCUAGAAUGGAGAACAGAAUCACUCAGGUCGAUUUUGUUGUUGAUGACGGUACAGGCUGGGUUGAUUGUGUCAGAUGGUGUCACGAGCGUCAAGAAACCGAAGAAAUGGAAGCAGUCAAGCUGGGAAUGUAUGUUCGCUUACAUGGACACCUGAAAAUUUUUCAAGGGAAGCGAACUGUGAAUGUUUUCUCAAUCAGGCCUGUCACUGACUUCAAUGAGAUUGUACACCACUUUACCGAGUGUAUGUAUGUCCACAUGUACAACACCAAGUUACGGGGUGGCUCUAUUACUCAGGCUACUGCUACUCCUAGGCCCCAAAUGCCAUAUUCAACAAUGCCAACCCCUGCAAAGCCAUACCAAACCGGUCCAUCUAAUCAGUUCCCGAACCAAUUCAAUGAUCCAAUGCAUGGUGUAAAGCAGACAGUCUUGAAUUACCUGAAUCAACCUAUGCACCUUGUAUCUGAAGCUGGUGUUCACUGUGAUAUAAUUGCGCGUGACCUCGGGAUUCCGCUGCCUCAAGUCAAGGAUGCGUUAGAACAGCUCUCAAACGAUGGUUGCAUUUACUCGACUAUGGACGAGACAUGCUUCAAAUCGACAGCUAACGCUUGAUGAAAAUGGAUUUAUUUCAUCACAUAUCAAUCCUCCUCUCAUGUUCAAAAGCCUUUUGUAUAGACCCUAAGGUACGACAAUAUGUAGCUUUAAGACUAUAAAUCUUUCUUAUGGCUUUUGGAUUUUUAAAACCUUAAUUAACUCAAAAUUUCAAU